GUGUCUCAAGACAAGUGCGCAAUUUGUUUUGUUUUGUUUUUAAGGUGCAGACACUUCUGCAACAGAUGCAAGAUAAAUUUCAGACCAUGUCUGACCAGAUCAUUGGAAGAAUUGAUGAUAUGAGUAGUCGCAUUGAUGAUCUGGAGAAAAACAUCGCAGACCUCAUGACACAGGCUGGGGUGGAAGAACUGGAAGGUGAAAACAAGAUACCCGCCACACCAAAGAGUUGAAGGUGAGGGGGUGCAGU